AUGGUCCCGAAAACGGAAUUGGACGCGGGUCACGACGACACGGCAUCGACCGGUAGCUCUGCGUACGACCAGCAGCAGCAGCACCUUGGUGGCAGCGAGGGGCGCAGAAUCCAGCGUGCAGCCGCCGCAAAGGCCAUCGACCGCGGUAAGCGUGUCGCGGAGAUGAUACUGGAGUGCAACGAGGACGGAGAACACGGGAACGAGGAGGGGGGGAAGGGCGGGGCGGCCGGAAUCGCCGGCGGCGAUGCCGCUGCCGCUGCCGCUUCAGCUGUUGUUGAGGAGUUUGCGGAGGAGGACUUCGAUGGCGGCGGCGGCGGCGGCGGGGAGGGCAACAACUUGCUCUACCGCAGGAAGCCCAUCAAGACCAGGUGGUCGGCGGCGGAGGACGCGCAGCUCAAGAAGCUCGUGGAUUCCAACGGCUCGGGGAACUGGAGAGUGUUCCUGUUGGCAGAUGAAGGCUGGUUCUCCAGGUUUCGGUGCCGUUGA